AUGAUUCUCCAGGCGUCGCUUCAUUUCUGCUCUGAAUGCAAUAACCUUCUCUACCCCAAAGCUGACCAGCAACGUCGCGCAAUGGUAUACGCGUGCCGGAUAUGCGCGUACUCUGAGAUUGGAGACAACAGCUGUGUAUACAGGAACGACCUUUUGACAGUGACAAAAGAGCAAGUAGGUGUGACGACAGACCUUGGUGUUGAUCCAACUCUUCCGCACUCGAACAUUCCUUGUCCCAAAUGUAACCACGAAGACGCCGUCUUUUACCAGGACCAGUCGAAGCGGAAGGAAACUCGAAUGAUCCUCUUUUUCGUGUGUACGAAGUGCAACCAUAGCUUCAUGGAUCCAAGUCUAGCACCGGAUGGCAGCAUCCCAGAGGGCAUAGAGACGGAGUCUUAG